GGCAGUGACAUUGUAUUGCUGCACCGAGGGAAGUGGUCUGUACGAACAUGAUACAGAUCCAAACGUGACAGAAACGUGUUUAACAUUCUCGGCUGGAGCACAACAUUUGCAAAGAAAUCGACUGCUACACGGGAAAUAGCAAGCUAAUCUGGCUAAUGUUAGCUGAACCAUCGUAACACACAGUGGUCCCUUUCUCAAGUGGACCUCUGGAGCUGCUGACAAGAAUAUUCAAAGAAGAAUAUAUCGAAGAGAUGGUCCAGUUUUGGGAUUAAAAAGAAGAUUGUCACGUGGACGCCACAGUUCCAUUGAGAAAACAGACUCUUCUUCAUAGAACGUCUUAGCCUACUAAUGGGAAAGAUAAGAAUGAGAAGACCGAUUUGUCAUUGUGACAACCUUACUUCCAUUCUUCGACGAUCCUGAGUAGCCUACCCUUGUAUUCUAAUCUCGAUUGCUGACGGGAUAGAAUAUUAUACGCUAGAUAUACCUGAAAAUCGUAAAGAAUUUCAACCACACGCCUUGUUUGUUUGUUAGCGAGCACCUUAAGGUAGCUACUAUAUUAGCCUGAUAGCAAAAUAUGUCAGUUGGCUUUGCCAGAUAACUAGAGACAGUGAUGUUUUGUUUGCAAAUCAGGAAUACGAACUAAAACCAUGUAGUUUGUCAGUUGCCAUACGAGGGCCAUUGACACAAUAAAAUGUUAGCUUUCCUUGGUGACUUGAUUACGAGCUAAUUGUGUCAUGAAAUGACAGCUGGACGCUGCCCAUUAUGUCACCUUGAUUGACAAGCAUGAAUAUCAGCAGGUAGUGUAUCGCUACAUAACAAGCCAAGGUGCUGGUAAGAAACGGAGCAUCGCUAGCAUAGCAAUGAUACAUUACAGUGUGGGUCAUCCCAUCAUCGCGACGUCGAGUAAGAGUAUUCUAGACGUUUUAUUGGACUGCAAAAUGCAUCGGUCCAUGUUGGUGUAAUCGGACCGUCUCGCCUGUGCCUGUUUUUGUUUAUGUGCAAUAGAACCUGUCUGCGGUGUGAAUUAUUUUAAAAUGAUAUUGAGAUUGGAAGUCUUUCAGAAUAGAGUAGAAUAUCUUUUCGUUCAAUGGCCAAAUAAUAUGUUAGCUCAGUGGUAACCGAGCAGCCAAGCAUCAUCAUCUAUAACGUGCUUAUUUACUCGGACACUGACUAAACAUGGAGACGGUGGGAGACUUUGAAUAUAGUAGGAAGGACCUAGUUGGACAUGGAGCUUUUGCUGUCGUUUUCAAAGGACGACAUAAAAAAAAGACUGACUGGGAAGUUGCCAUCAAGAGCAUUAACAAGAAGAAUCUCAGCAAGUCUCAGAUUCUGCUUGGCAAGGAGAUAAAAAUUUUGAAGGAGCUUCAGCAUGAAAACAUUGUUGCCCUUUAUGAUGUCCAGGAAACGUCAAACUCUGUGUUCCUGGUGAUGGAGUAUUGCAAUGGAGGUGAUCUUGCUGACUACUUGCAAGCCAAGGGAACCCUGCGUGAGGACACCAUGCGCAUCUUCCUGCAGCAGAUCGCCGCAGCCAUGCGCAUCCUGAACAGCAAGGGCAUCAUCCACCGUGACCUCAAGCCCCAGAACAUCCUGCUGUCUUACUUGGCCCGCAAGAAGUCUGGCAUCAGCGGCAUCCGAAUCAAGAUCGCUGACUUUGGCUUUGCACGCUACCUCCAGAGUAACAUGAUGGCAGCCACCCUGUGUGGGUCCCCUAUGUACAUGGCCCCGGAAGUGAUUAUGUCCCAGAACUAUGAUGCCAAAGCAGACCUGUGGAGCAUCGGGACGGUCAUUUACCAGUGCCUGGUGGGAAAGCCACCCUUUCAGGCAAACAGCCCUCAGGAUCUGAGGAUGUUCUAUGAGAAGAACAAGAACCUGGUGCCAAACGUCCCGCGGGAGACAUCGCCUCCGCUGGCGGACCUGCUGCUGGGGCUGCUGCAGAGGAACCAGAAGGACCGCAUGGACUUUGAUGCUUUUUUCAGCCACCCUUUCCUUGAGCCGACAUCAGCCAUAAAAAAAUCCUGCCCAGUCCCCGUGCCCAACGUCCCUGGCUCCGUGACCGACAGCUCCUGCGGCAGCUCUCCCUGUCGCUACGUCUCACCUCCUUCACUGCCGGACAUGCAGACCGUCCCGGAGGACGUGCUGUCCUCGCCGCUGCUGGGCCCGCCCAACUACCUGCAGCUGUCCAAAGAGUCCGGCGGCAGCACCAGCAGCAAGAACUCCUCCUGCGACACGGACGACUUUGUGCUGGUGCCCCACCUUACCGGAGAGCAGUCCUACGACGUGCCCAUGGGAACAGCCGGCCGCCGCCCGUCCAGCGAGUUCCUCCUGUGUGGCGGGCAGCCGCAGGCCGCGUCUGGACAGCCCCCACUGGUGUCUCCGCGGGCAGAGACCACCCCCAUCCCGGUGCCCACGCAGGUGCGCAACUACCAGCGGAUCAAGCAGAACCUCUCGAGCAGUCCCACCAACACCAUGUAUGGCUCACCCAGGUCGGGCACCGUGCGGCGCUCCAACACCAGCCCCAUGGGCUUUCCCAAAGUGGGCUCCGGCUCGCCUAGUUCUGCCGAGGUGACCCAGACCCUCGGCCGACGCCUUUCCACCGGGAGCUCCCGGCCCUACUCGCCUUCCCCUCUCGUGGGCACUAUCCCAGAGCAGCUGGGCCACUGUUGCUGUGGACACCCCCAAGGCCAUGAGGCACGCAGCCGCAGUUCCUCAGGAGGCUCCCCGUCGUCUCAGCUGCUGGGGACUCGUCUCCAGAGCGCGCCCACGCUCACUGACUUCUACCAGAACAAGCAGAAGCUCCACAAGCAGCUCUCGGACCCCGUGCACCCCACCACGGCCGCCUACCCUACCAGCCACUCCCCGCAGCUGGGUCGCCCCAGCAACCUCGGGACCUCCCCCACCAAACACCUAGGCUCAUCUCCGCGCACCUCUGAUUGGUUCAUGAAGUCUCCUCUGCCCACAAUCAUUGGCUCUCCGACCAAGACAACGGCCCCCUUUAAAAUCCCCAAGACCCAGGCCUCCUGUAACCUCAUGGCGUUGGCCGACAGCCCCACCCCUCCCAAAACCCUGAUGGACGUCCACCACUGCUCCCCCAGCACCGGGGGGCGCCAGUCCACACCAGAGGCCAGUAGGACCACCUUUGGCAGGUCUGUGAGUACGGGACGGCUGUCGGAGCAGCCCAUCCGCAUCACCCUCGGGGGUCAGCAGUAUCAGGGUAGUACAGAUAGCCUGAACACUGAGCGGCCCAUGGACACAGCCCCUGCAGGGUUGUGCGCUUUGCCCCCCGGCGGGGCCAGUCCUCGCACCGUUCUGUUCACCGUGGGCUCUCCCCCCAGCAGCGGCACCCCUCCCACCUGUAGCCACCUCGGCACCAGGCCGCGCACCACCUCAGUAGGAUCCAACAGCUCGGCAGGCUCCCUGUGCUCGACCAGCGGCCGCGUCUACAUGGGCUCUCCUCCCGGCAUGGCCAUCGGCACCUCGCCCCCGGGGGCCGAGGCGGCGCCCAGCAGCGUCCGCUACGUCCCCUACGGCACCUCGCCACCCAGCCUGGACGGCUUCAUCACGUUCGAGGCCCCUGAGCUGCCCGAGGAGACCCUCAUGGAGAGGGAGCACACGGAUACGCUGAUGCACCUGCGCAUGAUGCUGUCGUUCACUGACUGCGUGCUGGAGAUUGCGGCGGUGCGGGCUGGGGGCACAGACCUGGGUGUCUCUGCGGCCUCACUGUACCCCCCACAGGAGAGCGUGGUGGUCGACCAGAUUAGCCAGCUCAGCAAAGAGUGGGGGCAAGUGGAGCAGCUGGUGCUGUACAUGAAGGCAGCUCAGCUCCUGGCCUCGUCCCUGCACCUGGCCAAGGCUCAGAUUAAGUCAGCCAAACUCAACCCCUCUUCCGCCGUCAAGCAGGUGGUGAAGAGCCUGAACGAGCGCUACAAGAGCUGCAUCUCCCUGUGCCGGCGCCUCACCGACAAACUCAACCACUUCUUCUCGGACAAGCAGCGCUUCGUGGACGAGAUCAACAGCGUUACGGCCGAGAAACUCAUCUACAACCACGCAGUAGAAAUGGUGCAAGCGGCGGCCCUGGAUGAGAUGUUUCAGCAGACUGAGGACAUUGCUUACCGUUACAACAAAGCAGCUAUGCUUUUGGAGGGGCUUUCCAAGAUCCUGCAGGACCCCGCAGAUAUUGAGAACGUUGCAAAGUAUAAGGCCAGUGUGGACCGGCGGAUCUCGGCUCUCUGUUACUGCACAGUCACCCUGUACGAAUAGCAGAGCUGCAGCCGCCCCCCAGAGAGAUGGACGCCUGCUCUCCCUCUCUCUGAACAGGGACCAUUAUCUGGUGCAUUCACAGCAGCCAGAGGACAAGCCCACAUUCUUCUCGUUUGUAGCAGUUCAAGCACUUUUUUUUGUUUCUUUCCUUUUUUUAAAUUUAGACUCUGUUUUUAGCGUGUGCGUGCCCCCCCCCCUCCAUAAAAUGUCAUAGAACAUUUUUUGUUAUGGCACAACGGACUGAUUUGCCUGUGCAGGAGAUGCACAGGUUUACUACCAAAGAUGAAGACGACAGCAAAGAUGGUGACUUUUUUUUUUCAAAAGAGAGAGAGCCAGAGGACUGGCAUAUGAAAGAAGCCGUCUCCUUCACUUUCAGCAACUUUCGUCAUCUACUAAAGAACUGGUGAGAAGAAUUCACCAGAACUGGUCCGAGAAGGAAAAAGAUGAUUGACCACAACUUUUAGCUUUUUUUUUAAUUUUGUCUCUAUUUUUUAUCAUUGGAAAAUUCUACAAACUGAAACGUGAGGGGAAACGCAACAUGAACUCAAAUCUCACGAUCAAGACUCAAUGUUUUAAUGCAAAUCACCUUAUACGUUAUACGUAUUGUUUUUACGUUGUACCUUAUUCUGUUGCCAUUAUUUAUUGGUGUUGGUAAAGGUAUGCUGUGGGUAAAUGUUGUUACCUGGUCAGAUUGAUUUGCUUCCCUGCAAGACAGGAAACGGUGUGCUUAUCUGACCCUGCAAAAUCAAUUAGCUGCCAGACAGACCUACACACCACACCGCACCGCACCACACCACACCGCACCGCACCACACCACACCACACCACACACUCAGACAUAUGCUGAAAUUGAAAUGCACACCAAAUGCACUAAAAUCUCACAGGCACACAUCAUCAUCACAGCAGCAACUAUUAGGAGCAGAGUAAAACCUGUAGAUUUGUAAUUAGCCCUCUUCAUUGUUUUUACACAGAAGCACUUUAUUAAUGACAAAUGAUGUGAUAUACAUAUGUAAUAAAGAAACACGGAGGAUACUUUCCCUGGAAAGCUUGGGAAUGUGAAGGCUGCGAGCUGAUUGGCUGGUGGAGCGGGGAGAGGAAUUCUGGGUGGGUGGGUGGGUUCCUCCUGGUGCUCCCUCCUUGCCUUCUCCAGCAUCUCUCAGCUCUCCCUCUCAUUGCCAGAUGACCUGCAUAAGCCCUGCCACACAGAGCAGAUUUAUACCCUCAACUCACUCUUACAGGUCAUCCAUAUCACUGGUGUGGUGGUCUGAGAUGAACACAAUACCUUGGAUCUCAGUGAAUCUAAAAUGAAACAUGGCGUCACCUUUUUCUGUGGUUGGGAUGAUGAGCAGGUUUCUCAUGGGGGCUCAGACCCCAUGACUUAGACAAACAGACAAACAAACUGUCAAACUAAAAGCAUGGUCAAAAUACUUGAGUAGUUACUUUAAAGAAAUCUGAAACAUGCUUUUUAAAAAAAAAACACUAAAAAAAACCCAUAAAUAUCUGUAUUAAUACUGUAGCUAAUUUUGGAGACAAUUUUGAUGUUUGCUACUUGUGUACAUAUUUGUAUGUUGUGCAUGUGGUUUGUUUUUCCCCUUUUUUUUGAUGGAGUGAGUGCGUGAGAGCACAGCGUGAGACUGGAAGUGGCGAACAGAAACAUUGGUUGCGCCUCUCACACAAAGAGUACAAUGUUUUUAUUUCACUUUGUUGUUGUUAUUUGUUUUGUAUGGAGAUUUGAUAUCUACCCUUGUACUGCCACGGGUUUUGCUCAAACCCAGAGGCCAACACGUAAGGGAGAUACCUCUGGCUCAACAGCAUGGCAGCUUUAAACCAUCUCUUGUACUGCGACUCUUUUGCCUGAGAUGCAGGAUGAGAUGACCUUUUCAAAAAACAAUUCUCAAAAUAGUCAGUAUCAUGUGAAGCCGGGCAUGAUUACCCAGCAUGCACCUGGAGUCCGCCCCCUACCGUGGAUGCUGGUGUGCCGCGCUCACUAUUGUAUUACUAUAAUGGCACCUCUUGGGUGUGUGAAAGGCCAGUGACGUGACGAGACGUUUUGAGCACAUUUAGUGCUUUAGAAGGUAGUGCUCUCACAUUGUACAUGUGUGAAUAAAAGCCCUGAUGUCCAUUUGCAGAACUGACUGUGGUGGGCCACGGGCCCUGAAGUGGUGUACUGUAUGCUCAGUAGACAUAUCGGAGUUCCUGUGAUAUGACUCUCCUGUCCAACCCUUAUGAGCGCCUGUGCGCUUUAUAUAAUAAUAAAAAAAGCCUUUGCAACAACACAGAGAGAAGUAUGUCUUGCUCUGUGCUUUUUAUUCUUAUGUAAUUUUACCAAAUCCUUGCAUAUCUCUGUAAUAAUAGACCACACUCCUACCUUGUAUGAGUCUGAGGGGAUUGGUGUACAGAGGAUGUAGUAUAAUAAACCGUUGGUACUGAGCACAUGUCGUACCCGUAGAGUUUGUAGAAUGUAUUAACCCUGUCAUUAUAGCGCCUUCCCUGCUCCAAUUGAAUGCGUAGUUACCUAUGGUCAUGGUAAGAGUCUGAGAAGACCAUCAAAUGCAACUGAAUUUCUAAGCUCCUGUUUUCAAUUAAAAAAAAAAUGUUGAUGUUUUAAUCGAUAAUGUGUGUUUCACCAGGGGCAUCUUUCUUUGUUCUGUGUGGAACUUUAGAAAUGCAGCCUUUGUUUAUUAAAAAGGAAAUUUGGAUCA